AUGUCAGCUACCCAUAAUCCACUGGUCCAUUGUCUCGAUCGACUCAAUCUGGGCGACGAUCCCUCCUUACGUGCACGUGCAGAGAGUGUCUAUGGUCAAUGCGCCAAGGUGCCUACCAAGAUCUUUGAUAUGGGACCCAAUUGCAGACCUGUGGUUGCCAUUCAGCUGGCAUGUGAAAGCUUGUCUCAACAUCAAGGGUGGGAUACCAAGUUAGCUGCACAGCUUGCUGGAUGUACCAAGCGACAAUACGAGAAUACCGUGAGCACCGUACGCAAGAGUCUCAACCUGCAACCGAAUGUAUCGCUCGACUCGUUGGCAGUGGCGUUUGGAUGUACGACCAUGUUGUCCAAGAUCACUCGUGUUUGGGACGAUUUCAGCAAGGAGUACCUAUCCACCAUUCCUCGAGCACAACGUACACAAGCAUCUCGUGAGUUGAAUGAUGUGCCUGCAUGGAAAGGAGCCCUCUUUUUUACAUGUGCAAAGACAUUAGGGCAAAAUAUCGGCAAGACGAAGCUUCAAGAUAUGUGUGCUUGUACAUCCACUGAGAUCAACAAGUAUAUCAAGGUGAUCAAUGAUGUUUGCAAAGAGGACCUGGAGAAGCUCAAGGGAAAAGAGACAUCAUCAUCAUCUCAAUCCACACGUGUGACACGGAGGACACGCCGACGAGCCGAGGAUGAAGAAGAGCAGCACGUACAACUUCCUGAUACAAAACGUAGAAAACGAUCCACCAAAGAAGCAUCCACCACCACCACCACCAGUAAAUCCAUAGAAAAACCAUCAGCAGCAGCAACGCCUGCAACUAAGAAGAAUACUACAACUACAACUACAACUACUACGACUACUACAACUUCAAAUCCCCGGUCAGGUAUUGUUUCUAUGAUCAGCCAUCAACAUUACAAGGAUACCCGGCGAUACAAGGACUAUAUAGCUUGGAGUGAUGCCCUUCGUCAACAACUUAGAACUGUAACAUCCAAUACAGCUUCAUAA